CGAGCUGUGCGGCGGUGAGCAGCGUUUCUCCCGGUGCUGCCCAAAAAAAAAAUACUUAUUUACAUUUAUUUGUUGUAAAGAUACUUUUGCUUUUUUUUGUUGUUGUUUGUUUGUUGGUUGUUUUGCCCUAAUCAAGCUGGCCUAGAGGAAACUGUCUUUAGUUUUAAAACCUUGUAUACACAUAUAUAUUACACUUGGAGGAGAGAAGCUACGAUGGCAGCCCCAGUUGCCGUGCCGGAGAUCUCUCCUGGCAAGAAGGCCGCCUUUCAGGUGCUGGCCGGUGGAUCGGCUGGCUUCCUGGAGGUUUGCAUCAUGCAGCCCCUGGAUGUGGUCAAGACCCGCAUGCAGAUCCAGGCCACGCCCACAGCGGCAGGUGCCACACGGAAUGAGCUGCACUACAAUGGGGUCUUUGAUUGCUUCGCCAAGAUGUACCGCAACGAGGGCAUCACCUCCUUCUGGAAGGGCAUCAUGCCUCCCAUUCUGGCCGAAACACCGAAGCGUGCCAUCAAAUUCCUGGUGUUUGAGCAGACCAAGCCCCUCUUCCAGUUCGGUUCACCCACGCCCACGCCAUUGACCUUCUCGCUGGCCGGUCUAACGGCUGGCAUUCUGGAGGCCAUUGCCGUCAAUCCCUUUGAGGUGGUCAAGGUGGCCCAGCAGGCGGACAGGCAGAAGAAACUGCUCAGCACAUUGGAUGUGGCCAAGGGGAUCAUCCGGCAGGACGGACUGGGGCUAAGGGGCAUCAAUAAGGGCGUCACUGCCACCAUGGGACGGAAUGGUUUGUUCAACAUGGUUUACUUUGGAUUCUAUCACAGCGUGAAGAACGUUGUGCCCGAGUCCACGGAGAGCCACUGGGAGUUUUUGCGAAAGGUGACCAUCGGUUUCCUGGCCGGCACUUUGGCCUGCUUUGUCAAUAUACCCUUCGAUGUGGUCAAGUCACGGAUUCAGGGACCACAGCCGGUGCAAGGGGAAAUCAAGUACCGAGGCACCUUCAGGUCCAUGGGUCUUGUCUACCGGGAGGAGGGCUUCCGUGCCCUGUACAAGGGUCUGGUGCCGAAGAUUAUGCGACUGGGACCCGGCGGUGCCAUCAUGCUGCUGGUCUUUGACUACUCCUACAACUACCUGUUGGAAAACCACGCUUAGAUGUUCCCGGCUUCCAGCUAUGAACUGGGCCCCCAAUCUCCCCCAGCCACUAGGACUAGCUUUUACUACUACUUCUAUUUUUUGCCAUCGAAAGGGUGGUGUGUGAUUCCUCUGUGUGUUGUGUAUAUAAAUAAUAAAGCUUAUAACUAAAUAUAUACAUUA